AUGGAGUGGAUUACCAGCUGCAACCUGCCUUUUUCGUGGUGCGAGGACCCUUCUGUGUCAAAGUACACGAACUUGGACCGCAUCUCGACAGAUACUCUGCUCAAGUACGCCGGCUUGGUUGUUCGGGAUCUCGAUAUUGAUAUCGGUUUGGCAAUUCCUUCCAAAUUCGUUAUCAUGUUUGACGGUUGGACCUUCCAGUCUGAGCAUUUCCUCGCGGGUUUUGCUGUUUUCGAGCAUGAUGGGCAAGCUGAUAAAGUUGUGCUUGCGUUUGCACCUCUCAUUGACGACGAAGCUCCUCAGCCAGCCAUGUCAAGUUCCUAA